GGUCAGUAAAAUCCCUCCCAAGCCCAUCAUUGAUCGUACCAGUCAGUACAUGUGACUGCCUAGGGUUUGCUCGCCUCGCCGGCUCUUUUUGCCCGCACGACUCUGUCUCGCCCUCCUCCGCGUCCACGACGACGACGAGAUGGCUGGAAUGUCAAGAGCCCCCCCGAAUGGUUCUGUUUAUGUGUGCAAUCUGCCUCCUGGAACUGAUGAGACUAUGUUGGCUGAAUAUUUUGGCACCAUAGGGUUGCUAAAGAAGGACAAGAGGACCGGCCACCCAAAAAUUUGGAUAUACAGGGACAAAGUUACCAAUGAACCAAAGGGUGAUGCAACAGUCACCUAUGAGGAUCCACAUGCUGCUUCAGCUGCUGUGGAAUGGUUCAAUAACAAGGAUUUCCAUGGAAGCACUAUUCAGGUUCACAUAGCUGAGUCAAAAAGCAAAGAUACAUUUGAUAACUCCGCGAAUUUGAACAUCGCUGCUGAUGUUGGUGGACAAGAUGAAUCGGAUUAUGCGGCAGGCAGAGGUAGAGGACGUGGUGAUGCUCCGGGAAAGGCUUGGCAGCAAGAUGGGGAUUGGAUGUGUCCAAAUACAAGUUGUGGCAAUGUAAAUUUUGCCUUCCGUGGUGUUUGUAAUCGCUGUGGAGCCGCUCGCCCUUCUGGUGUUGGUGGAACUGGUGGUGGUGGUAGGGGUAGAGGCCGUGGUAGCACUGACGCAAGAGGAAGCAGCCGUGCUGGCGCAGCUGCUGUUGGUGGUCCACCUGGACUGUUUGGUCCGAACGAUUGGUCAUGUCCAAUGUGUGGCAACAUAAACUGGGCUAAGCGGAUGAAAUGUAAUAUAUGUAACACCUCCAAGCCUGGUACCAAUGAAGGUGGUGUAAGGGGUGGCCGGGGUGGUGGGUAUAAAGAACUUGAUGAAGAAGAACUAGAGGAAGUUAAAAGGCGUCGGAAAGAGGCUGAGGACGAUGGAGAGAUCUAUGAUGAAUUUGGCAACCUCAAAAAGAAAUUCCGUGCUAAAGCACUGCAUACUGAAGGUGCACAGACUCUUCCUGGGUCUGGACGCGCUGGAUGGGAAGUUGAGCAACGUGGCUCAGCUGAAAGAGAAGGUAGAGAGAGGAGCAGGGAUCGUGGCAGGGACGACCAUGACGGAAGGGAGAGCAGGAACAGGGAUAGAGGUGGUCACGGAAGGGAGCGGCACCGGAGCCGAAGCCAUGACAGGGAAAGGGGGAGGGACUGGGGCAGAGAUCAUGACCACGAGAGAAGUCGGGAGCGUGACCGUGAUCGCCACAGGUGAAGAGACAUGAUAGGAUUUUUCAACAACAGUGACUUUUCGUUGCCGUGGGACCCGUGAUAUUGUGUUAUUAACUGGGGGCGUGCAUUAUUUCUCUGGACCUGAUGUUGCUUCGAAUGAUUUGUUGCACUGGCAUACGUUAAUCUGACAUCUUUCUUCUCUGAUUA